GUGAGAGACAGGAGUGGACUACCCACAAUGCACCCUUAACGCAUGCGCGUUAGGUCUCACGGCCCUAAAGGCGUUGGUGCUUGCUCUGCGUCCGUUCGAAGGAUGCGUUGCACCCCGCCAGCAUCAGUACCGACUCCGCCGUGCUAAUUCCCGGAGCGCGGGGCCGGACCAGAGGAGACACCGGCAGUGGUGUUUUGCUGCUCCACGGGAGCCGUAGCCCGAGACGCCGAAAUGGGAGACCAGAAGGAGUCUCUGCGCAAGAUCACCCACACACUUGCCACCAAGAAUGAAGAGAUCUCAAAUUUUGUCUGCACUCUCAAACAGAGCCUCGACAACCUGGAAGCCAACUCCACCCGAGUCCAGGAGGACCUGGAGUCCGAGUUCAACUCCCUCCACUCGGUUCUGGAUGAGAUGAAGGAGAACAUGUUAACGCGCAUUAAACAGGAACGAGCCAGCCGCACGUAUGAGCUGCAGAGUCAGCUGAGUGCUUGUUCCAAAGCACUGGAGAGUUCAGAAGAGCUGCUUGAGCUAGCCAAUCAUACGCUUUGCUCCUCUGGGACAGACGGGUUCACGCAGGCAGCCAAAGACAUUAAGGAUAGCGUGACGAUGGCUCCUGCCUUCCGCCUCUCAUUGAAGGCCAAGGCCAGCGACAACAUGAGCCACUUGAUGGUGGACUUCAGCCAGGAGAAAGUCCUGCUGCAGGGUCUUAAGUUUCUUCCAGUUCCAGCCACGCCAGAAAUCCAGCUGUCUGAGUGCCAAGUGUGCGACAACACAGUAACUGUCGUCUGGUCACUAGCGGAGCCCGAUAGCAAAAUUGACCACUAUAUCCUGGAGCAUCGGCGUACCAACCACGAGGGUCCACCACGCGUCAGAGAGGACUACCCUUGGAUGGUUGUGGAGGGCAUACGCGACCUGGAGUACACACUAACAGGUCUGCGCUUUGACACACGCUUCAUGACAUUCAGGGUGAGGGCAUGUAACAAAGCAGUGGCAGGAGAUUUCUCCGAGCCCGUCACACUGGAAACCCAUGCAUUCACUUUUAAACUGGACUCAGCAUCAGCCCACCAGAACCUGAAGAUAGAGGACCUGAACGUGGAGUGGGAUGGCAGUGGAGGAAAAGUCCAGGACAUUCGCAAAGAAAAGACCCGUACCAGCUCCCCCAUGCAGUCUCCAGCCAGGUCUGCGUCGGCGCUGAUGUCGCCAAAACGAGUACCAACAGCCCGUCCCAACAGAGACCGCUUCACAGCUGAGUCCUACACAGUGCUCGCCGACACGGCUAUUGAUGCCGGCCAGCAGUACUGGGAGGUGCGCUUUGACAAGGAGAGCAAGGCCUUCGCCGUGGGCGUGGCGGUGCGCACCCUCGGCCGCUUUGACCAGCUAGGGAAGAGCAGCGCUUCCUGGUGCAUCCAUCUGAACAACUGGCUCCAACAGAGUCUCACCGCCAAGCACAACAACAAGGCCCGGACGCUGGACUGUCCCAUCCCAAGCAGUAUAGGAGUCUACUGUAACUAUGAUGAAGGUGUGCUCUCCUUCUUCAAUGCCAAAAGCAAGCAGCUGAUGCACACCUUCAGGACUAAGUUCCAGCAGCCGCUCAUCCCGGCGUUCAUGGUUUGGAACGGUAGCUUCUCGGUGGUGACGGGCCUGCAGGUCCCCAGCGCGGUGCAAAGUGGCCAGAGGAAGAACAGCGGCACCAGCAGCUCCAAUGCUAGCCUCACCUAGACCACUCUUAUCACACCGCAGCGCCGCCCCUGCAUGACUACAUUCGCCGGCGAUGUUAUUCGGCCGUCCUUUAGCCCGCCACGGCACAAUAGUUGGCGUUUUCUCUCGGCUCUUCUCGCGAGCCCGACUCCGUCCCACCACUUAGCGCUGGUCGCUGCCCUUCAUCCCUAAAGCCCUCCUUCUCUCUCUCCCUGUGCCUUUCUUCUCAUUUCAACAUCGCCGCUGCGAGAGAGACGACCUCUCCAAUUCAUGUUCAGUCUCACACGUUAACAUCUAGAUCAGUGUUUUGUGUCGGUGUAUUUAAUUCGAAUUAAAAAGCUCUUGUCUAAAUAGAUUAUUAGCACUGAAAUCUUCCUAAUCACAAAAGCAAACCAACUCUCACUGAAUCUUACUUGACAAAGCUCAGGCUAAAUGUUCUUCUGUUUUCAAGCUCUUUUCAGUCUUAACAGUAAUCGUUUAGGUUUUAAAUUAUGUCUGAGCUGACAUCUUUUGUGAGUCAAAAGCCUCUUUUACACAUUGAGAUCCUGCAAAAUUCGACCUGGCAUUUAUCCACCACCUCUUGACCUAAAAACAGCCAGCAAUAUUUCCGUAACUUUGUCGUCGACACACCCAAUUUUUCCAAUCUUACCAUAUCAUAUCAUAUUUUUGUUUUGUUUUGUUUUAGGACUUUCAUCAAUAGAUUGUUCCGAGUGGCACGUAGUUGCAGAGCCUGCCAAACGGUUCACAGAAAAACGUUGUAUUUGUCUGCUGUAGACUUACAUAAAAGCCAGUGAUUUGUUGCACCCGUCAUCAACGAAAGGUAAUUUUUCAUUAUUUUCAGGCUCGGUGAGUCACCUCUUUUAUACAGAAAGCCUAUGAAACCAUUUAACAAAACAUUGCAUUUUGCAUUUAUCCACCCUUUGGAACCAAGCCAAAGCAAAAAAAAAACAAAGCAUUCACAUGUUACCAGCUUCUGAUGUCUUCAUUUAUGAGUUUAAUUUGCACCUUAAAACACAUCUCAUAUUUUUUUCCAUUUGAAAUUAGUGGAAAUUCUAUUUAUCUGCUCGAGCCCUCCCACUCCCUAAAAUUAUAUACAGUGGGGAGAACAAGUAUUUGAUACACUGCCGAUUUUGCUGGUUUUCCCACUUGCAAAGCAUAUAGAGGGCUGUAAUUUGUUAUCAUAAGUUCUCUUCAACUGUGAGGGACAGAAUCUAAUACAAAAAAACAGAAAAUCACGUUGUAUGAUUUUAAAAUAAUAAAUUUGCAUUUAAUUGCAUCAAAUAAGUAUUUGAUACAUCACAAAAAUCGAACUUAAUAUUUGGUACAGAAACCUUUGUUUGCUAUUACAGAUGCCAAACGUUUCCUGUAGUCCUUGACAAGGGUUGCACACAUUGCAGCAGGGAUUUUGGCCCACUCCUCCUUGCAGAUCUUCUCCAGAGCCUUCAGGUUUCGGGGCUGCUGCCGGGCAACACAGACUUUCAGCUCCCUCCAUAGAUUUUCUUUUGGGUUCAGAUCUGGUGACUGGCUAGGCCACUCCAGGACCUUAAGAUGCUUCUUACGGAGCCACUCUUUAGUUGCCUUGGCUGUGUGCUUUGGGUCGUUGUCUUGCUGGAAGACUUAGCCACGACCCAUCUUCAGGCCUCUCACUGAAGGAAGGAGGUUGUCAGCCAAGAUCUGGCGAUACAUAGCCCCAUCCAUCCUCCCCUCAAUACGGUGUAGUCGUCCUGUACCCUUGGCAGAGAAGCAGCCCCAAAAAAUGUUUCCUCCUCCAUGUUUCACGGUUGGGAUGGUGUUCUUGGGGUUGUGCUCAUCCUUCUUUUUCCUCGAAACACGACGAGCCGAGUUUAGACCAAAAAGUUCCAUUUUGGUCUCAUCCGACUACAUGACCUUCUCCCAUUGCUCCUCUGGAUCAUCCAGAUGGUCAGUGGCAAACUUCAAACGUGUCUGGACAUGCACUGGCUUCAGCAGCGGGACCUUACGUGCGCUGUAGGAUUUUAAUCCAUGACGGCGUAAUGUGUUUCCGAUGGUUUUCUUCGAGACUGUGGUUCCAGCUCUCUUCAGGUCAUUGACCAGGUCCUGCCGUGCAGUUCUGGACUGAUCCCUCACCUUCCUCAUGAUCAGUGAUGCCCCACGAGGUGAGAUCUUGCAUGGAGCCCCAGAACGAGGCAGAUUGACCGUCAACUUGAACUUCUUCCAUUUUCUAAUAAUCGCUCCAACAGUUGUUACCUUCUCACCAAGCUGCUUGCUUAUUUUCCUGUAGCCCAUCCCAGUUUUGUGCAGGUCUAUUAUUUCAUCCCUGAUGUCCUUACACAGCUCUUCGGUCUUGGCCAUUGUGGAGAGGUUGGAGUUUGUUUGAGCAUGUGAACAGGUGUCUUUUAUACAGGUAACAAGUUCAAACAGGUGCAGUUACUUCCGGUAAUGAGUGGAGAACAGGAGUGGUUCUUAAAAAAGAACUAAGAACUGAAACAUAUACUAGUUGGUAAUGUAUCAAAUACUUAUUUCAUGCAGUUAAAUACAAAUUUAUUAUUUAAAAAUUAUACAAUGUGAUUUUCUGGAUUUUUGUAUUAGAUUCCGUCCCUCACAG